AUGCAAAAUGCAGCCGAUGUGUUUCUGCGUUCCAUGACUUACGACCUCAAGACCACCCCCUUGUUCAAGAGAGUUAUGCGCCAUGCUCACAUAGCCAGAAAAUUACAUUUUCGAAUAAAAAUACUGAUUUAUUUGGUAACCGAGCAAGAAAUAUCUGUAGAAGUCCUAAAAUUUUCUGGAAUUUUUAUUUAUACUCAUGUCACACUGUUAUACAUUUUGUUUCACUUCACAUGGACCUUCUUGGGGACGAUAAUUUUGUCUGGUGGAGCUUCAGGAAUUUCCGAUUCCGCAGUUGGACUGAUUGACGAUGGCCUGUUGGAUGGAUGCACAGCGGGGAAUGUUCAGUUGGUGAUUCCAUUCAGGACCAUAUGCCAGAUCAACAAUGAGACCAUAAUUAUGACGAAGGAAACAUUUCAAGUCUGCAACGACAACAGUGAGAAUAAUGAGGCGGUGAAAGUAGACAAAGUCGCUUCAAACACCACUAAGAAGAUAAAUAAGAGAAGUGAGGAUGAUGAUGGUGGUGAUACCAAAAAGGACAUCAAAUCUGUAAAGGAAAACAUGUCUCAUAUGGCCAAAACACCGAAAUACACAUUUCAAAUUGUUGCCGAGAAGGUCUAUAGCAUUUGGUUUCAGUUAAACAAUUCUUCAAAAUUUUCAGAUGAGAUCUACUUAGACUUCCGAACAGUCUAUGGUUACUACGGAUACCUCAGUCCCAUCGAAUGGCCUCUACUUCUGGCUGCAUACGGAACGAUAUUUUUUGGCAAGAUGAUCUCCUCAUUGAAAGAUUCAGCAGCUCGAGUCCUCGUCAUCAUUGCUGCUUUGGGUUUUGGUAUCGUUAAACCUAGGUUAGGUAAGACGUUGUACUACGUGUUGGUGCUGGGCGCCGUUUAUUUCAUUGCAUCCUUCGUUCAUAGUAUGGCUGAAUAUAAUCGGGUAUCCAAUGUAAAGAACGAAGUUAUGGCCAUCUUACUUGCUGCUAUCAACACUGGCGUCUGUUACUGGAUACUAACAUCUUUGAUGAACACAAUGAGAACAUUGAGACUAAGGAGGAACCCUGUUAAGUUGUCCCUAUACAAACAUUUCACAUACGUUCUUGUGUUCGCCAUGCUCAUUUCUCUUAUCAUCCUCUUGUGGACUGUCAUAUUGAGGAGGUCAAUGUCAUGCAUACAAAACUGGCAGAUCUGGGUGCAUGAGGCCAUUUCUCCGUUCAUCUUCAUAUACGCUUACUCACCUUUGGCCGACGAAGCAGAUGAUGAUAUGGAGGAGCAAAUGGUAAACGAGGCAUUUGGUGAGCUGAAAGACGAUCCUUUGAAAUGGGUUGAAGAUAAUAUUCCCAAGUCUUUGAAAAGCGCUAUACCUGUGAUUGAUUCUGAAGAGGAAGUGGAAACGACCUUGUUCGAGAUCAACAAGAUGCACUAA